AUGCCCGACAUCAUUGAUCUCGUAUCCUCUGAUCCCCCGGAACCAGAGCAGCCGGUGCCGCAAGUGACCGAACCAGAGCUUCCCUCUGCACGACCAACCCACGGCAUUCCGCCUUCCUCUGACCCAUUUGAGACAUCGCUGUUCGAUUAUGACUUUGACAAACCCGCCAAAAGAAGGAGACUGAGUGACGAAGGUUUGGGAGGAGAAAAGCAAGGCCUUGCAUCAAAAAGCAAAACAGCCCCGAAAGCACCAAUCGCUACGACAGAGGCCUGGUUUUCAAUCUCCGACGAUGACUUCGACUUGCCGCCUGCAAAUGGGAACGCAGUCAAAAAACCAAACCAGUUGCGUGUGGAGGAGUCGGAUCCUAUAGUCUUCACCUCCCCCGCACCAGUGCCCCUGCCGAAAACAAGCGCUUUGCGCAAGCCAAACUCCUCCAAAUUGGAUGUACUUGAGCUCGACGACGAUGACGAUUUCAUGGAUAUGGACAAACCUCCACACUCAAGCUUACGAGGCCGAAGCGAUAUUGAGGAAUUCAGUGACCCUUUUGCGCUACCGGAGUUCGUUGAGCUAGCGACGAAACCUCCGCCAGAAAAUGCUUCUUCGAAUCAGAUCUUUUCAGAGACGACAGCACGCCUACUGGCUCGUCUUCAGCAAGAGGAAAACGGUUCCUCUCGCUCCAAGGGCUCCAAAGCAGCAUCUGGCAGUCAGAAACCAAAGGCUUCUAGCAUUCAUGCCAUAGCUGCGGAAUUCCUCUCGGAUGACGAUCUGGAUGAACCCUCAGCUCCCCGGAAAGCAGCCAAGAAGUCGAGCAAGAUUGAUCCUGCAACCAAGGAAGCCAAAGCCAAAGCUAGGGAAGAGGCUAAACUACAAAAAGAGCGAGAGCGGGAAUUAGAAAAAGAGCGGAAACUCAAACUCAAGGAAGAGAAGGCGAAGGAGAAGCAACGGGCUGCUGAUAUAGCGAGCGUGAACAAGCUGAAGGUGAACAAAAAGGACUCGACCCCCGAGAUGAUCAUCGACAUUGCUACAUCCAUAGAGGACAGCAGUGUGGGAACCCAGACCAUUGAAUUCAUGAAACGCCUCGGUGUCCAGCAUGCAUUUUUCGCAAGCGACAUCCCCAACGUUGUCAAAUGGCGCCGAAAAAUGAAUGCCACUUACAACCAAACCCUCCGUCACUGGGAGCCGUGUCCAUCUUUCAUCCAAACCGAAAAUCAUCUCUUAUGCCUCGUACCAGCACAGGAAUUCAUCAAUCUGGUAGCUCCGCCACCUGAUGGCGAAGAAAGGCAGACCCUCGAAGCUCACGUUUUGAAACUCAAAUCCGCCUAUCCGAAUUGCAAGCCUAUUUAUCUCAUCGAGGGCCUGACGGCUCUUAUGCGGAAGAGCACCAACGCCCGCAACAGAGCUUUCCAAGCCGAAGUCCUUCGCCAAAUGGCCGAAUCUGUGCCAGAGGCGGAAGCGAGUCGCAAAGCCAAAAAGCCGAAGAAAAAGCCCGAUGCGCCUAUCAUUGACGAUGAGACUGUUGAAGAUGCCCUGCUUCAGUUGCAAGUUGCCCAUUCCUGCCUCAUUCAUCAUACAGCAACACCAUCAGAAUCUGCGGAAUGGAUCAAGAAUUUCACAGAGCAUAUAUCGACUGUGCCGUAUCGCCGUGAACGCCAGGAGGCUCACAAUGCAGCAUUUUGUAUGGAUACAGGCCAAGUGAAGACCGGCGUUGAUAAGGACGAUACCUUUAUCAAGAUGCUCCAGGAGGUGAACCGUGUCACGGCACCCAUGGCAUAUGGCAUUGUAGGGGAGUAUCCCUGUGCCACGAAUUUGGCGCGUGGCAUGCGGAUACAUGGCGCCAUGAUGUUGGAGGAUAUCAAGGUAUGUUCCAGAAAUGCAUCUUCAGGCUCUCUGGGCUUGAGCUUCCAAAAUCGAACCCGCUAA